AUGAAAAUAAACAUCGUCAAGCAUCCAUUUUUAUUUGUUUCAAUAGGUAAAUUUGGUCAUGAAUUUUUAGAAUUUGAAUUUCGUCCUGAUGGUAAACUACGAUAUGCUAAUAAUUCAAACUAUAAAAAGGAUACAUUAAUACGUAAAGAAACGUAUGUUAAUCGUGGUGUUAUUGAAGAAUUAAAACGUAUUGUCAAUGAUUCCGAUAUAAUGAAAGAAGAUGAUGCUGUUUGGCCACCUCCUGAUCGUGUUGGUAGACAGGAAUUAGAAAUUGUACUUGGUGAAGAACAUAUUUCGUUUACAACAUCGAAAAUUGGUUCCUUGAUUGAUAUUAAUAAUAGUCGUGAUCCAGACGGAUUAAGAUGUUUUUAUUAUCUGGUACAAGAUUUAAAAUGUUUUGUAUUCUCAUUAAUUGGUUUACAUUUUAAAAUUCAACCAAUAUAG